AGGCAGUCAGUCGCUCUCAGCUACGACAUGCAUAACGCAUGAGAGCCCGAGCGAGAUCUUUCUAACCCGUCUCUUCUCCGCCACCACACACACAUACACACCUCACAUACAUACACACUCUCUCUCUCUCUCGCUCUCUCACUCUUUCUCUCUCCGUGCUCUCUCACAGCUACACACACCGCUCUCUCGCGUUCCACACACUGUAUACCGUAUGUAUACGCACACGUACACUCGCGUAAAGAGAGGGACAUCCACCGCCAGGAGGAACACACACGAACGACAUCAUAUACUCUACUCCCGCCGAGUUGAGUCUCUUCCGUUCCGCGAUUACCGUCGUACGUCCCUUUACGUCGAGCCGGUCGGUCGGUCGCUUGCUGCUGCUCGGUCGUCGAUCCGCGGUGGCAACCCCCGAGUGCAGUCGCGCCGUGCAUCGUCGUUGUCGGUACGCGUCCACCACGUCGGAGCCACGGACACAACGCCAGUGCGGAGUAAUCCUCGCAUCGCCUUCGUCGUUGUUGUCGUCGUCAUCAAAACGAGAUAGUGAUUACUCGAGUCAAGUUUGAAUCCCCACCAAGGGAUGAGUGGUGGCUCAGCUAAAUCGAUAAUCCAUCGUCGCGAGUGACUUGUCGACUCGACUGUGAGGGUUGCCAGUACACGGGAGCCAAGGAAAGAGGAGUUUACGUUUCGCGUGUGAUUCUUGGUGCGGAGCGAGUGGCCGCGACGAGGAGCCGCGCUUCAUCUCCGCGGGGACCCACCCCGUCGGAGAGGACGACGAGGAAAACGAGAGCAUAUCGUCGCCACGGACUUUGCCACGGCUCAAUGUUCCUGUGCCAUCGCACGCAUGACAUUCUCGAGAAACUAUGGACGAUAUCUCGCCGAGAGCGACAGCCAGCUUUGUUUGGUACUCAGUGUAUCGUCGCGAAUUGUGGAUUGUGCUACGAGUGAUAAGUGAUUACUGAGAGAACUGCUUCUCGAGAAUCAUUCGAUCAUCAUUGUGAGUCGAAACGUACUAAACGUACAAUAUCUGAACUGAAAAUCUUGCAAAAAGGGUUUUGCCUUGAAUUGUGUGUGAACGACAUUCUCACGGAAAUCUUUGCCGUCGAAGAAAAUCACCUUUCGACAGACUCCAGGUGAAAAGGGCGCGUUCGAGAAACGUAGCCCGUGAGGCGCCUCACGGCGGAGAAUAAUAUCGAGAGGGUUUCACGAAGCCUCUCGACGAGCGGGAAGUAGAUGGCCGCUACCACGUACAUGCCGAUUAGUAGCGCAGUGUCUACCGACCUGGAUGGUGGUUCGGGUACAACGAUCGGGAUGAACAUCGCCGUGGGUGGCUACUCUUCGGGCUCGCCUCGCAGCGCCGCUGAUGCCGGCGAGAUGAAGUACAUGCCGGCGCCGCAGCAUCAUCACCACCAUCAUCAUCACCAUCAGGUGUCAUCCUCGCCGUCGCCGAACGGACUCUCGCAUCCGGCAGCGAGCCUUUCGUCGGUGAGUCCCUGGGUGAGCAUGCCGCCCGACAAUCAUCACUGGACGGCCUCGAUGGGCAUGCACCAUACGUCCCAUCAUGCCCAUCACCAUCAGCAUCAGGCGAACGCGAAUCUCGACGUGAAGCCGCUGGCCGCGGCAGCCGCGGCGAACGCGACGGAUCAGGGCCUGCAUCAUCGGGGCCCGCACCAGUCCCCGGGCAUAGCUACACCGCACACCUGGCACGCACCGGUGCCGUCGGCGCAUUACAACCCGAGCGGUGGCGCGGCCUCGCCCACUCUCCAGUCCUAUCACGUGGCGAUGAACGGUAUCAUGCAGCAUCCGCAUCAGCAUCCGCAUCAGCUGCACAACCAUCAAACACUACCUCAUCAUUUGAGGGAGGCGCACAAUCACAGUCCACCGUCGGGGCACUCGCUGCACCCCCAUCCGCUCGACAGGGAUCACAGCGCCGGUGAGGAGGACACGCCGACGUCGGAUGAUCUCGAGGCCUUCGCGAAGCAGUUCAAGCAACGGCGUAUCAAGCUCGGCUUCACCCAGGCGGACGUCGGCCUCGCGCUUGGCACUCUGUACGGCAACGUCUUCUCGCAGACGACAAUAUGCAGGUUCGAAGCUCUACAGCUGAGUUUCAAGAAUAUGUGCAAGUUGAAGCCGCUGCUGCAGAAGUGGCUCGAGGAGGCAGACUCGACGACCGGCUCGCCGACGAGCAUCGACAAAAUCGCCGCCCAGGGAAGAAAACGGAAGAAACGCACGUCGAUCGAGGUAUCGGUGAAGGGUGCGCUCGAGCAACACUUCCACAAGCAACCGAAACCAUCGGCACAGGAGAUCACCUCGCUCGCGGACUCGCUGCAGUUGGAGAAGGAAGUUGUUCGAGUGUGGUUUUGCAAUCGACGACAGAAGGAAAAGAGGAUGACACCGCCGAAUACACUCGGCGACGGCAUUAUGGAGGGCAUGCCGCCCGGUCAUCAGGGCCAGGGCGGUCUGCAUCAAGGGUAUCAUCCGCAGGAUCACCUACACGGCUCGCCUAUGGGCCACAGCCACAGUCCGCCGAUGCUCAGCCCUCAGGCUCUCACGGCCCAUUCGCUUGCGGCUCACUAGCGUUCGCCGGGGCCUCCCCCGUUGGGCCUCGCGGUAACCUCGCAGAACUCGGUAAAUGUGUCGUCGACGACGGAAACGACGACCUUGCCGCCGUUCUAUCAUCACUACCUUCAGGCGCGUACCGGCAGUUAUACGACUACGUAGCUGACCGACCCACGGCGUCCUUUCUACUUGCCGGACGGCAGCGCUCGUUAUCAAGACGAGUGUACAGAAUGGUGGCUUGUUCGACGAGGAUCAACGGGGUUUAACGAGGCCGAAACCGGUCCACCGGGGAGGCUGAGGAGCUGACGCGCUCGGUCGGCGAUCUUUUAUCGACCUUGACCGCGCGUCCGGACAAAAGUUGCACUUGAAACUGAGAAAAAGAGGACUAAGGAAGAGAGGACGCGUCGCCGCGAGUAUCGCGGCCAUCGACGAACAUCGCGAUCAUUCUUCACUCAAGAAUCUUCAGGAUAUUCUUCGCCCAAGUCCAUCAUCCUCGCCAUCAUCGUCGUCGUCGUAGUCGUCGUUGCCAUCUUGCCGUCGCUCAUGCGACUGUUUCCUCUAUCGAUGAGGUUUUGCGGUGAUAAGUGAAAUAUCCUGAUCGUGUCUUUUACGACGCGAUACGGGAAGAGACUCACUGUCAUUAUCUUACGACGAGUACGAUUAAUGGUCACGGUGAUGACGUUCCUCUUUCGCGCGGCCAGGUCGGAGCCCGUUCGUCCGUUCGUCAAGUCCGCUUCGAAACGUACCGCGGACCUUGUUGGCUGUUUGCUGUUGUUGUUGUUAUUGUUUCGUCGUCGUCGUCGUCGUCGUCGUCGUCGUCGUCGUCGUCGUCGUCGUCGGUGAACAAAAGUGCUUUUACUCCGACGGGAACCCGAAGAAGGAUGGUUUAAUAACAGCGUGCCGCGAACGCGAGGUGGACUCAGAUGUGCGGGUGCGAAGAAAGAACGGAAGUGUCUUCUCUCUCUCGCUCGCGGAUCAAGCGGGCAAUCGAACAUCAGACAUGAAACACGCGUCGUGAGAAGUGUUCUUUCGCGCGCGCAAUUUUCCCGAUUAUCUCGCGAAAAAGAGUCUGAAAUUCAUGGAACGAAUACGAACGGACGAACGGGCGUGAAGAACGUGCGUAAAAGAGUGCUGCGUUCGCACGGGAUUUGCUCGGAGUAAACCCGGCGGAUGAUGUAACAUAAGUAAAUAUGGACUGUAAAUAAUGUACUAGAUAAAGCUAGUAAGUUAAGUGAGAGAGAAAGAACGUGAAUCGUCGUCGUCGUUGUCGUCGUCGUCGUCGUCGUCGUCGUCGUCGUCGUCGUCGUCGUCGUCGUUGUCGUCGUCGUCGUCGUCGCCGCCGCCGCCGCCGCCGCUGCCGCCGCUGUCGACGAUAGGCGAGUACGUUCGAAAAACAGACGCGGAAGCUGGAAUAAAUGGAAGAAAGAAAGAAAUAAAGGGAAGGAGAGAGACGAAGAAUAUGCGGCGCGACGAAGUAAAAAAGAGGGACAGAUUAUACAUAUAUAUAUAUAAAAAAAAGGUACAGGGCGCACACACAUCUCGGAGAGGGAAUGCGUGUCGGAAAAGCGCGUGCGAAAUCCUAGCGAGACAACAAGACAGAUCCCCCCACACGCAAAAAAUCCCUUCUGUAUAAAAAGUAAGUAUGCAUAAAUAUAUAUGUAUGUAUAUAUAUAUACACACACAGGCGCGAUCGUGCGAGUUUAUGUAGAUGAAAAUAUAUUAUUAUAUAUAAAUAGAAAGAAGGAUAUAUAUAUAUGAGAAAAAACGCGAAAUGGCGAUACAUUUGAAAGCUCUAUGUCUAUAUAUAGAUCGGAAGAUUUUAGCUAUGUUCUUAUCAUUAUUGUAUUAUUAUGUUUAUUAUUAUUAUUAUCAUAUAUUAUUAUAUAUAUUACUAUUAUAUUAUUAUUAUAUUAUUGUGACAAAUUAUUGUCUGGUCUCGAGAAAAUGUUGUAACUGUAACAAGCUCGGCGUUAACGCGGUGAUCUUAUUAUUAUUGCUAUUAUAAUAUUCGCCACCAUUAUUAUUGUCACGUAUUAUUAUUUCUUAUUAUUGCGAUUAUGAUAAUUUUAAUUAUGAUUAUUGUCAUUGUCAAUAUUGUCGAUGCAUGUACUAUCCGGGGGUCGAGCGCGGAGCCGUGUCUUCCAUCGCUACCGGGCAUAAUAUUCGACAAUUCUUCCUCACUCGCUCUCUUGAUUUGUCUUCUUCUGACUCCCUGCUUCUCGUUUCGUUCGUCUCCACCUCUGUCUGGAUUGUUAUUUUUUUUUUUUUAAAGAGGUUUUGGCAGAUACAUAGCUAAUGUGCGUGGCUCUCACGGUAUCACUGAAAGUAUUUUUAUUUCGCGUGGUGUAGUUCUAGACGAUGAUAAACCGUAUGUUUUAUACAUUGAAGUUAUGAAGUAUCCGAUCAGAUUAUCGUACAAUCAGGAAGUCUAAUCAUUCACUUUUAUUUUCUUCUGUUGUUAAAUUUGAACGUCUUUUAAACUUCAGUACGACGAAAGAUGCAAAUAUCUUGAAUGUACUAUUAAAAUGUGGAAAGAAUUAAUAUUUUCCAGAAAAGUGGUCCGCGGAAUUUUAGAUUGUUAUCAUGUGGACCAGCUGCGUCUACACCAAAAUCCUCUUUAGUUUGUUUGCCGAUCGUCUCUAUACGAAUUAUUUCGCGCAGAAUUUCGAUUUCUUUUUCUCGUCGCGCUUACUCUCUCUGGACGCGUAGUUAAUUCAUUGCCUGUAACACAAAAUAUGCAUUGGUUAAAGGUGAUAAAAUAUAAUUCUUGCCGUCGGCAAAAUUAAGACCGCGCUUUUGUCUUUAAAUUCUAAGUGACUAAAAGUUCAUAAGAAUAAGCAGAAGAAACUUGUUAUACAUUCUCUUUUUUUCUAGUAAUUUUGAAUGAUAAAAUUGCACAUUGUAUACUAUCGCACAUAUUAGUAUUAUAGAAAUAAUAUUUAAAGUUCUGCUGUUGAGAAAUGCAAUACGUUUUCUUUCUCCACAAAAUUUGUCAUUUACACAGGAAGAUUCGUUCAAUCAAUUUAAUCCACAGCAACAUUACCUUUUUUUUACUUUAUUAUUUUAUUUAUUCCGUAAGAGAUUAGUUCAAAAUCAAUAAAUUUUUUACGAGAUAACCAAACGUGACUUUUUACGCCCCAUAAAAUUUAAAUUGUAUUUCGAGCAGCAGUCGCUCGAAAAUCGGGACGAGAUCGAUCGAUCAUAUCUUCCGCUUUUUGCUCUCGCGCUUUGUAAAGGUUUCACUUUCCACCCCCUUUUUUUACUGUUUUAAAGUCGUUUGGCUGCGCGUAAGUGAUCAUGUGUCUCAUUAAACACUUAUGUGCUGAAUAUUCACACUUGCUUUUUUGUGCGUUUGCUCUCGCUCGUCUCACGUUGACUAAUCAAGCGUAUUGACGUUUCCAAUAUACUCCUCAAUAUUUAUAUAAUUUUUGUUUUAUCAGCGGUAUACAUUUUGCAAAAACAAGGUCUUUCGUCUUGUCCGGAUUGAAUGUCGCGGGUUUCCUCAAUCGAUUCUUCUUCUCUUAAGAUGACUUUGUUGCGCCUCUUUUUUUCUUUAAUCUAUCGAGCUCUGUUUUUUUUGUAAUUUUCUCUCUCUCUCUCUCUCUCUCUCUCUCUCUCUCUCUCACGGCGUUGUGAAACGCAUAUUUGGCCUCGCAACUCUAUAGCGCCGAUACGCACCUUCGUUGUCUUUCCAGCGAUUUAUUUUCCGUCUCGAACGCCGUGUGGUACUUCGUUGAUCGCGCCAGUAUACCUACGCGAAACGCGUGGCAUCAUCUCUUUACCUUUUCAUCGGUAGGCUCAUUACACGCUGUGUAUCGCGCGAAUUCAUUCACGCCUGAUGUCAUCAGUGUUGCUGGCGCGUUGUCAUUAUCGGCGCGUCGGAUGCAGGUGCUGUUUUCCGCGGUUGUUUGUCUAGUGUUCGAUCAACUUCCUGUGACAGCGACCAUUAAUGAGUAUCCUGAAUACGCAUCAAUUUUAGUUUUAUAAUCGUCGUUCGAUACGCGUUCUUAAUUCUCACAAAAUCGGAUGUCAGUAUGAUGAUAAAAUUGCUUUCCAACAUUAAACUCUAGAAAUACUGUCGAUUCAAAUGUCAAUAACACUCGCGUACAAUUUUGUUAUGUUUGACGCAAUAUAAUAUGACAUAAGAUCAUUUGGAAGAUGGUUAUUAACUUUUUGCGAUCCGCAAUUCUCAUGCAAUGGAGCACGAUCAGGUCUGACCUUUUUUGGAUAAUGUUAUGCUACAAAAUAAAGUGAUUUAAAUUCUCGACAAAUAAUAUAACAGUUCAUAAAGUAUGUUAAAGAAGAAAAGAAUGCACAAGCAACAAUACUUUUCCUUAAAUAACUUCAAACAGUCUCGAUGAAAGCGAAAUUGUUGCGCGACACGUACUACAAA